AUUGAUCAAACGAACGGUUUGUCAAAUCAGCUGAUUCUCUGUUGUUUUGAAAAACAUUCCUAGAAAUUGUUGUGGAAAUUCUUGCAUUUUGCAUUUCUAAUCAGUGAACAAUGGGUGAUAAUGAGGUGUCAUUUACUAAACAAAUGCGCAAAGCAACGAGGAAUAUUCACAGCAUAAGUGAUGCACUUGUGAAUGCAAAAUUGGCUUUCGCUUUGUCUGAUGAUUCUGUGUGGGCAGAUGGGUUACUCAUUUUCUAUGAAGUCUUCAAAUUUCUCGAGCAAAAUGUCCCGGAGACCAUUCUUCCGGGAGUAUUCCACCGACGUGUUGCUUUCGAAAAGGAUUUAUCGUUCUACCUUGGAAAAGAUUGGGAAAAGACCUAUGAACCACGGAAGGAAGUUGUGAAGUACAUUGAGCACUUGCAGAGUUUGAAAGAGCGCAAUCCCACCCUCCUGGUUGCCUAUGUGUACCACCUGUACAUGGGACUCCUAUCGGGUGGGCAGAUUUUGCAGAAAAAACGACGCUUGGCGAAGAAUUUCAGCUCAGCGGAAGGUGGUGAGGGAAUGGCUGUGACGGAUUUUGGAGGCACACCUAUUCAUGAGCUAAAGACAAGAAUGAGACAUUUAAUUGAUCAACUGGCGCAGAAUUUCAGCGAUGAAACAAAGAGUUUGCUCAUUGAGGAAAGUGAAAAGGUCUUCCAGUACAACAACAGCAUCAUAAGAACGGCAAAAGAUGUGAAUAAGGUAAAUUUGCGAAAGUUUCUUCGUUUUUCUUGUCUUCUAUUCAUAUUCUAUCUCAUAUACAAAGUCUUUACCACGUAGUAAUUACAUAAUUUUAAUGCAACAAAUAUAAAGUGAUUUAGAAAAGUAUAUAA